GUCCAUUGGGUUAUGAGCUUGCUUUAUUUUAUGAUAUUGACGCUCAUAAAAAAAUCCCGCUAAUAGAAGAUGUCAAAAAAUUGACUCUUGAUGAUUUUUGUUAUUUAUUGGAAGAACCAAAUAAUGAAGUUCAAGUCAAAGUAACCAAAGACAGACUCUUAUCACGUUUUUCGAUCACUUUUAAUAAUUUCGAUCCUGUUACAGGUGAAAAGAAAACUGAAAGAUUUUGGCUAAAUUGUAAUCAAAUAUUUUCUUAUGAUAAUAUCCAUUAUUUAUUAACAGCACCAUAUAGUAACACAGAUCGAUAUAGAAAAUUGAGAUACAGACUAUUAGCUCUUGCGAAAACUCAAAUAGGAGAUUCAAUUAAGUCUGAUUAG